UGGAAACUUCUCAACGUCACAACGGCAGCGAAACAGCAAUGGCGACAAGGCGCUCUGGGUUUUCACGGACCCAAACAAGCAGAGGAAAUCCAUGCAAAAACAUUUUUAAUAAAAUACAACAAUCCCAAACUACAGGUGUUGGGUUGACUAGAGGGUCUCAGAUUCCUGCGGUUUUGCUGGAGGAGAGAGAUAAAAGAGCUCAAUGGCAGGGGAUACCAGUGUUAUUGAGGAGACUUCAUGAAAGUAGCCAUCCUAACAGUGAUCUCUCCAAGAUUGACAGCAUGGUCAUGGAGCUGUCGUCAUUGCUGUCUAUGGAGGCCAUGUCAUUUGUCACAGAGGAGCGUAAAACACCACAGGAGUCGGUCUCACCCAAUACAUAUACGUUUGACCUGUUUGGAGGAGUUGAUCUAUUCGUAGAGAUUCUGAUGCGGCCAACGCUCACAGUACAAGGAGACCUACCCAUACUGAGCGAUGAUCUCAUCAAGGACUGUCUAAGCGGACUGUACAACUGCUGUAUAUGUACAGAGGGCGUUACAAAAAGCCUUGCAGCGAGGGAGGAUUUCGUCAUGUUCCUGUUCACUCUCAUGUCCAACAAAAAGGUUUUCUUACCAACUGCAACUCUCAUUGAGGACAUUCUGAGUGUCCGAAAGGAAAUCAUUCAGCUGGAAAAAAUUCCCAACUUGGCCGGUCUGGUCCAGAGCUUCAACCAGCAGCAGCUGGCCAACUUCUGUCGUAUCCUCUCGGUCACCAUAUCAGAGCCAGAUGUUGGUGUAGAUGACAAACACACUCUCCUGGCCCGCAGUACCCAGCAAAAGACCAGCACGUGCACGUCACGCGCUGAGAGCAACCAGGUGGCUCUGCUGAAUAUCCCAGGCUUUAUUGAGCGGCUUUGUAAGCUCGCCACACGAAAAGUCACAGAGGCGGCGGGUGCUUCUGCCCGGCUGGAGCUGGAAGACUGGCAUAGUUGGCUUGACAACGCACUUGUGCUGGAUGCCCUCAUGCAGUUAGCAAUUGAGGAAGCGGAGCAGAGCAGUACAGAGUCGUCUGAUGAGAGCUCCCUGUCCUCCAGUCCGCUCAGACACAGGCUGCCCCAAUCUAUGAAGAUCGUGCACGAGAUCAUGUACAAAGUGGAGGUUCUCUAUGUGCUGUGUGUGAUGCUAAUGGGCAGACAGAGAAAUCAGGUUCACAGAAUGUUGGCAGAGUUCAAGUUAAUUCCUGGACUCAAUAACCUGUUUGACAAGCUGAUCUGGAGGAAGCAUCCAUCGGGCCACGUCCUACAUCGACAGAACCAGAACUGUGACUGCAGUCCAGAGAUCUCUUUCAAGAUCCAGUUCCUCAGGCUGUUGCAGAGCUUCAGUGAUCACCAUGAGAAUAAGUACCUUCUUCUAAGUGGACUGGAGCUGAAUGAGCUGAGUGAGAUCUACCUGAGUGCGAACAUCUUUGAAAUGGAUGCGCUGAAUAACACAGACAGGAACCUUGUGUGUGAUGGUAAAAAAGGUCUUCUUACACGGUUGAUCUCUGUCAUGAAGAAAGAGCCAAUUGAUUCUUCAUUCAGGUUCUGGCAGGCAAGAGCAGUGGAGAGUUUUCUGAGAGGAACGCCAUCUUAUGCCGAUCAAGUUUUCCUUCUCAGAAGAGGCCUGUUAGAGCACAUUCUGUAUUGCAUAAUCGACAGUGGCUGUAAGUCACAUGAUGUCCUUCAGAGCUACUUUGACCUACUUGGUGAGCUCAUGAAGUUCAACAUUGAUGCCUUCAAAAGAUUUAACAAAUAUGUCAACACCGAGGAGAAGUUUCAGAUGUUCCUGACUCAGAUCAACAGCUCUCUGGUGGACUCUAACAUGCUGGUGCGAUGUAUCGUCCUUUCUCUGGACCGUUUUGAGAGCCAGACUGAAGACAUAAAAGUGGUUGAAGUGUUUUCAGAAUGUCGCCUCUUGUCCUACAUGGCUCAAGUGGAAAACAGGUUGUUCUACCUUUAUAGACUGAUCAGCAUCAUCAAUGUACAAACCCUCACUCAGGAGAAUGUGAGCUGUCUAAACACCAGUCUGGUGAUUCUGAUGCUGGCACGGAGGCGGGGGAAGUUGCCUUUCUACCUGAGUGCUCUGCGAGAGAAGGAAUAUGCAGAGAAAUACCCCGGCUGUCUGCUCAACAACUUCCACAACCUGCUGCGCUUUUGGCAGCACCACUACCUCAACAAGGACAAGGACAGCACCUGCCUGGAGAACAGUUCUUGUAUUCCCUUCACCUACUGGAAGGAGACAGUAUCAGUGCUGCUGGGUUCUGGUAGAAGCUCACAAUGUGCCAUUGCCACCUACAUUGAUGAAGCCUACAUGGACCUGGACAGAGACUUCAUGGAGCUGUGACUAUAGAGAUUGAGAGGACUCUCUUUACAUCAGAAUUGCAUCAUGCCUACAUUUAAAAGACCUUCUCCAUUCAGAUGCAUUACAGAAUUGUGUGUAUGUGUGAAGGUAUGAGUUAUGAGUAAGUGUAUCUGGCUUUUCAUGGCACUGAGGCUAUUGAUCUGCUUGUUCAACCGCAUGAAUGUGUGUGUGUGUGUGUGUGCGUGCGCGCUGGCUCACAGUCUUAAAUGUGAAAUGAAUGUGCUUGGGAAUGUGUAAAGCCACUUUAGAGGUGUGUGCGAGUGUGUUUUUGCAAUGGCACUAGAGUCUGGACAUUUUUCAGCUGGUUUGUAGAGUUACAGCUGCCUUGUUCUCUACUGCUGAUAUCUCUUGUUGGUUGAGUUAUCAGUGACACAUCCAGACAAACUCCUGAAAGUAGUCAGGGUGAGCCUCACUGCCCAUUGUCCCUCACUGCAAAAAAAAAAAAAAGGCUGUUUCAUUCAGGGACAUCCUAAUGUCUAAUGUUGGUGGUUGGCUUAGUUUACAUACUGCCUGUAUAUUUAUGUAUGUUAUGUACGUAGUUCUUACUUCAAAAUUAAACUUUUAAGCCCUGAAUUACCAAGUGACGACACAAAAGAAAAUAAAGAAAUUGUUUUAUCACAA